UGCAGCACUUCCUCUGCAUCUGGAUUUGAAAAGAGACCUACAAAAACAGAAGAGAGAGACACCAAAAUUGUUACUGAAGGAAAAAAUGCCCUGGCUUUAAAAAACAAACAAGGGGACUCUUCAGUAUCGUAGCCACAGCCCUUUUAGUCAGAUUCACCUAGGGCAUGGAUUUGGAGGACCAUGAGCCCGUGGUUCUGAGAGAAGACCACAGGGGAAGGAGGCGGAGAAUGAAGCCACAAAGUGCUGGCAUCAGCUCAUCUUCAAUGGAGCGCAUUCCCAUAGAAUUUAUCCUGCCCACCAGCCACCAGAACACCAAAGCCACCGAAACAGUGAUCCUAGAAGCAGCUGGAAAUUGUAAUGUGGAACAGGUGAAAGCACAGGUGUGGAUGCAGGCCAUGGAGACUAGCACAACCAUGCAGUUCUAUCACCAGUCCUCCCCAGAGCAAUUUCUCCUGCUGUACCAGAAAAAGGGACAGUGGUAUGAGAUCUAUGACAAGUACCAAUUGAUACAGACAUUGGACUGUGUGAAGUACUGGAAAGCUCUCCAGAAGAACAUGGGCCAGAUCCAUGUAGUCCAGAGGCAGCCACCCACAGAGGAAACUCGGGAGUUCCAACAGCAGCUAAAUGACCUGAUUGGCUAUGACGUUACUAACAUGAGCAACGUCCAUGACGAUGAGCUAGAAUUCACCCGGCGCCGGCUUGUCACUCCACGGAUGAUGGAGGUCGCAAGACGAGACCCCAAACUCUAUGCCAUGCAUCCUUGGGUGACUUCCAAACCACUCCCCACAUACCUACUGAAAAAGAUUGUCAACAAUUGCAUUUUCAUCGUCAUCCACCGAAGUACCACAAGCCAGACCAUCAAGGUCUCUGCAGAUGAUACCCCAGGCACGAUCUUACAGAGCUUCUUCACCAAGAUGGCUAAGAAGAAGUCACUAAUGGACAUCCCUGAGAGUCAGAGUGAGCUGGACUUUGUGCUUCGGGUCUGUGGCCGGGAUGAGUAUAUCGUGGGUGAGACACCGAUCAAGAAUUUCCAGUGGAUUAGGCACUGUCUCAAGAAUGGCGAAGAGAUUCACCUUGUGCUAGAUGCUCCUCCUGACCCAGGACAGGAUGAGGUGAGGAAGGAGGAGUGGCCACUCGUAGAUGACUGCACAGGAGUCACAGGCUACCAUGAGCAGCUGACAAUAAAUGGGAAGAAUCAUGAGAGAGUGUUCACUCUUUCCCUGUGGGACUGUGACCAAAGGUUCAGGGUGAAGAUCAGGGGCAUUGACAUCCCUGUGCUCCCACGGAACACUGAGCUCACAGUCUUUGUGGAAGCAAACAUCCAGCAUGGACAGCAGGUCCUUUGUCAAAGACGAACCACCUCUAAACCUUUCACAGAGGAGGUGCUCUGGAAUGUGUGGCUUGAGUUUGGUAUCAAAAUCAAGGACUUGCCCAAAGGGGCUAUACUGAACCUUCAGAUUUACUGUGGGAAAGCAACAGCUCAGUCUUCCAAAGCUGAGAUUUCUAGCUUCGAGACCAAAGGCAAAACUCAGCUCCUCUAUUAUGUGAACCUACUGCUGAUUGACCACCGAUUUCUCCUGAGGCACGGAGAAUAUGUCCUGCACAUGUGGAAGAUAUCAGGGAAAGGAGAGGACCAAGGGAGCAUCAAUGCAGACAAGCUUACAUCAGCAACCAACCCAGAUACGGAGAAUUCCAUGUCAAUCUCCAUCCUUCUGGACAAUUAUUGUCACCCAAUAGCCUUGCCCAAGCACAGGCCCACGCCUGACCCUGAAGGGGACAGGGUUAGGGGAGAAAUGCCCAAUCAGCUACGUAAACAGCUGGAAGAGAUCAUAGCCACUGACCCACUUAACCCACUCACAGCAAAGGACAAGGAAUUACUAUGGCAUUUUAGGUAUGAAAGCCUGAAGCACCCCAAAGCAUAUCCUAAACUGUUUAGCUCAGUGAAAUGGGGACAGCAAGAAAUUGUGGCCAAAACAUACCAGUUGUUAGCCAGAAGAGAAGCUUGGGACCAAAGCGAUUUGGAUGUUGGGUUAACAAUGCAACUCUUAGACUGCAACUUUUCAGAUGAAAAUGUAAGAGCUAUUGCAGUGCAAAAGCUAGAAAGCUUGGAGGAUGAUGAUGUCUUGCAUUACCUGCUGCAACUAGUUCAGGCUGUGAAAUUUGAACCUUACCAUGACAGUGCUCUUGCCAGAUUUCUGCUGAAACGUGGUUUGAGAAACAAGAGAAUUGGUCACUUCUUGUUCUGGUUUCUGAGAAGUGAGAUUGCUCAGUCCAGACACUACCAACAACGGUUUGCAGUGAUCCUUGAAGCCUAUCUGAGGGGCUGUGGCAUGGCUAUGUUAGAGGAUUUCACAAAACAGGUUCAAGUCAUCAGGAUGCUACAAAAAGUCACUAUUGAUAUUAAGUCACUUUCUGCAGAAAAGUAUGAUGUCACCUCCCAAGUUAUCGCACAACUUAAGCAAAAGCUUGAAAACCUUCAGAAUUCUAAUCUUCCAAAAAAUUUUAGAGUUCCCUAUGAUCCCGGCCUGAGAGCAGGAACACUCGUGAUUGAAAAAUGUAAAGUAAUGGCAUCCAAAAAGAAGCCCUUAUGGCUUGAAUUUAAAUGUGCUGAUCCCACAGCCCUGUCCAAUGAAACCAUAGGAAUUAUCUUCAAACACGGGGAUGAUUUGCGUCAAGACAUGCUCAUUUUGCAAAUUCUUCGAAUUAUGGGAUCUAUUUGGGAAGCAGAGUCAUUGGACUUGUGCCUGCAGCCAUAUGGUUGCAUUUCAACUGGAGACAAAAUAGGAAUGAUUGAAAUUGUGAAGGAUGCUACAACGAUUGCCAAAAUUCAGCAGAGCACAGUGGGUAAUACUGGAGCAUUUAAGGAUGAAGUGCUAAAUCAUUGGCUCAAAGAAAAAUGCCCAAUUGAAGAAAAGUUCCAGGCAGCAGUGGAGAAAUUUGUAUAUUCAUGUGCUGGCUACUGUGUGGCAACCUUUGUUCUUGGUAUUGGAGACAGACACAAUGACAACAUUAUGAUCACAGAAACAGGAAAUCUGUUUCAUAUUGACUUUGGCCACAUUCUUGGGAAUUAUAAAAGUUUCCUGGGCAUCAACAAAGAGAGAGUUCCAUUCGUGCUAACUCCUGACUUCCUCUUCGUGAUGGGAACUUCUGGAAAGAAAAGCAGCCUACACUUCCAAAAAUUUCAGGACAUUUGUGUCAAGGCUUACUUAGCUCUUCGGCAACACACUAACCUGCUGAUUAUCCUGUUUUCCAUGAUGCUGAUGACUGGAAUGCCCCAGUUAACUAGCAAGGAAGAUAUUGAAUAUAUCCGGGAUACCCUGACAGUGGGGAAAAAUGAAGAGGACGCCAAAAAGUAUUUCCUUGAUCAGAUAGAAGUUUGUAGAGACAAAGGCUGGACUGUGCAGUUUAAUUGGUUCUUACAUCUUGUUCUUGGAAUCAAACAAGGAGAAAAACAUUCUGCCUAAUGCCUAGGGCAAGAGUUGAAGGUCAAGGACCAUUAGAAGAGUUUGAAAUAACACUUCAGCUAUCGAACAUGAACUAAAAAUGGAAUUGGGCAUUCUGACAGCUGACAUUUCAGAAAUCUGACCGUUUCCUGCUGAUUUUUUGUAAAAUAAAAAAUUAUCACUGCAAACUAUUUGAAUUGUUAAUGCUAAAUGCUGAGCAGAUUUCCAAGUUUUCCCAAUGUACCUCAAUAAUGCCUGGAGAAGAGAAUUUUAAGUUUUAACAGAUUAAUAUCAUCAUUGUUAUGUUAAAAGGUAUGAUUGACUUAUUAGGUGCUUCUGAAAAUACUAUUUUCAACUGUGUAUCAAAGAUUGCCCUUAAUGGCUUUCCCCUGCUUUUCUUUCCAUCCUUUUAUCCUUCAAGCUUCUCAAAGGGGAAAAAAUGUAGUCAUUUUAACCUUCUCAUUCCUUAAAAGGUAUUUUAAAACAUCCUCUCAUAUCUUUAGGAACCAGUGAUAUGCCAAGAGCAAAGAAGGCAAGUUAGUCUUUUCACGGUGCUAUUUGCAAUUAUGUACUUUAAAGGGAACAAAUGAGCAUAGAAAAGCACAAGGAACUUCAAAUGGAAAAUCUGCACCUUUUUGCCCUCAUUUUUUUCUGCUGGUUUCUUUCCAGGACUUUGGAUGUGCAUAAUACAAAUGAUUGCAUCUGUUACUGCUCUCCAUGUCAAAAAAAAAAAAGUAAUUCAGUGUAAUUAAAGGAGCUUUCUAGAGCAUGGAAAGAGGAAAUCAUUGUUAUAGGCUCUCAUCUCAUCUAAAGUUUUCUCCCCCUCUCCCUACCUUCUUUCUCAUUUUCCAUUCUCCUGACCCAUUACAAACACAAACACAUGCCCACAGAGCAUUGUGAAAUCUUUAAGGAACAGCACUUUUGUCCCAGAAUUCAGAAAAAAAAAACUGCUUGGAAAGAAUUCUCCUUUAGAUCUCUUGAAAUUUUUAAUCUUUAUAAGAAACAAAGUUCAUAGUUUUGAAAUAUAUUUUAAAGGAAGACUAUCCAGAAGAUGCAAAUUAGUAAGCAAGGAAUUUCUUUUAAAUUUAGACUUACAUGGUUUUUAAAAGAAGACAGCUGUUCCUCCAAUAAUUUUUCCCAUUUAGAAUGCCAGUUUCCUUAAUUAUUUCUAAGCUUAAAUUUUUUUCAAAUAUUUUACACUUCUUUCAAGUUUUCUUACAUAAAUGCCUACACUUUUAGGCUACUUGAUAUGUUGCAUAUUUUGUUAUUUAUGAAGUAAUUGGUAGAGUUCUCUGAAAUGGAAUUGUUAGGAAAUUAUUUAUAAACCUUGGAAAUUAUCUAGAGUUAGAAUUGUAUAUUGAGUUAAUCUCAUUUGAAGGAUAUGUAAAAUAGGCAUACAGUCAGACAUUAAAUGUAUUUUUUCAAGAAUGAUAAUUAUUCAAGUUAGACUUAAUCUUGGGCUUUUUUUAUACAUAACACAGCAGUAGCCAUCCACCUUCCUGAAUAUAAUGAAGAAGGUAGAAAUAGUACCACCUCCCCUGCCUAAUGAUUCUCUCCUUUGACAGAUCUGUGCUUGGUUGGUGGAGAAAAUCACCAUCAUUAGCAUCACCUUUAUGACCCAGAAAUUGGGGGGGGGGGGAAUGUGUUAUCUCCGACCAGAAACCUUUUCCCCCUAGAUUAAGGGUGGGGGAAACCUUGCUAAAAAGGCAACUUCACCCUCCUUUGAGAACUGGAAAUAUUUCACUCUACUGAAGGCCUUGCUGGGUUAUGUAUGAGAGGAAAACAAAUUCUUCCUUGCUAAAAGAAUAAUGUUAGAGGCUGCAGAGAUUCUCAAGAUAGCUUAUUUGUAAUGAGUCCUUUCAGGAAGAAAAGGAAGAAUCUGACCAGACAAAUGUGCCUUCAUUACUUUUAUGAGGAAUAAUUACUUUCAAGUGAAAGGUUCACCAGGAUCAGGCACUGUAUAAAUUUUCUUUCCAAUGGAGUUUCUGGUAGAGCCUGUUCUCCUCAAUAGUUAAAGAGAACCAAAGAAAUAAAAUGUUUUAUUUCUUGCUUAUUUGCAGAUGAGCAAUUGCUCUCUAAAAACAUUUUAAAGAAUUUUUACAAGAUAAAAUAACUUAGCUAUUUUUUCCUCCUGUUUUGUGAUGUGGAAUUGAUGUCCUAAAGGACUUAGUUGACCCAUAUUCUGAAGGCAAGCUAAAAUGUCAACUCUGGAGUUGAAUGUAAAUACGUGAAAAGCAUCCCCUGGGUUCCAAUCUGACCCUUCUGUUCCCAUUGAAUCCUAUGAAAUUGAGCUUCUGUGUCCUUGAAAUUGUGGGAGAAACAAGUUCAUUGAGCUAGAGGAAAGGAAAUACUGGAGUAUCAUUGUGACAUGGAAAGAGCUAAAGUCAAAAGUUCUAGGUUCUAUUCCUGGCUUUCUCAUUAUCUGUUACCCUUUGUGAGUCCCUAAAUUUCUCUGUGCCUUGAUUUCCUCCCCUGGAAAUUGAUAGGUUUUGGAUUAGGUCUUCAAGGUCUCUUAUGACUCUAAAAUUUGCGUGGAGUCUGCUAGGGUCAUGUUAAAACAAAAAGUCAGAGUACUCAGAUUAAACAGAAUUCUUCCUGAUAUAUCUUAAUAGAUGUAUAUGCAUCCACCCCUAGGAAAAUGUAAGUUACUUGAGGUUAAGGACUGCUCAUUUUCGGUUUUGUGCCCCCAGUGCCUAGCAUAGUGCCUGGUGUAAAUUUGGUACUUAAUUAAUGCUUGCAGUUCAUUGAAAAAUUACUGUAACCGCCGUUUUAAAUAUCUAGUUUAUUUUUACAUGAGCAUAGCUGAAAUAAAAAGGACAAAACAUU